AGCGGACAAAAGAAUGAACAGCAGGAUGAGAAGGGCGACGUUGGCACUGCUCGCAUUGGUGGUGGUGGGUGAGGGUUGGUGCUGCGAGGGGGCUGGUGCUGCUGCGCUGGGUCAGCAACAACCGCGCGGCAGGAGGGGUGUCACUGGAGGUGCCAGGUCUCUGCUUGUGUUUGGUUCUCUCUUUGGGGAGGCAGACCAAGUCGAUGCAAGCCUCAGCCGCCUGGAUCGAGCAAACACGGAGCUGGAACAAGUGCUGAUGGAGCUGAGACACAAGCGCGAAGAGCUCGAAGCCAUGAAGCGCGACAUCCACGACAUGCAGAGCGAGAAGACCGACACGGAAAAGUCGCUGAGACAAGUGCGCAGCAAGCAGAAGGUGUUGGCGAAUCACCAGAAACAGUUGAUGCAGCGGCGCAGCCAAGCACACCAGGAACGCGAGGAAGAAAUCAAGAAGCGACAACAAGCGCUCGAUGCGCGUGACAUCAAAGCGUUGGAGGACGCAUCCCACCGCAAGCACGCAUUCAACGAAUACAAGAGUUCACUGCUGCCGCUCGAUCGCGCCAUCCCUGACACCCGCAUCAAGGAAUGCCUUCCGCUCAAGUGGGACACGUCCAAGAUGCCCAAGACAUCCGUCAUCAUCUGUUAUGUCAACGAAGCCUGGUCGACCCUCCUCCGCACCGUGUGGAGCGUGCUCAACCGCUCACCGCCAGAGCUGAUUGAAGAAAUCAUUCUCCUGGACGACGCCAGCGACGCGGAAUGGCUUGGCGAGAAGCUCGACACGUAUGUACGCGAGCACUUUCCAUCGCACGUGCGCAUUGUGCGAUCGCCAGAUCGACUUGGUCUCAUCCGCGCGCGUCUGCUCGGUGCCAAGCACGCAAAGGGCCCCGUGAUGACGUUUCUUGACAGCCACUGCGAGGCGAACCAGGGCUGGCUGGAGCCAAUUCUGGACAUCAUUGCCACCAACCGCACGACUGUGGUGACACCCGUCAUUGAUACGAUCGAUCACCGCACCAUGGAGUAUGCCAAGUGGACAUCCAACAUCCCCUCCGUGGGCACGUUCGACUGGACGCUAGACUUUAACUGGAAGUCGGGCGUGUUGCGGCCAGGACAGAAGCUGACAGACCCAAUCGACUCCCCAACAAUGGCUGGCGGUCUGUUUGCGAUCGAUCGUGACUACUUCUACGAAAUCGGUUCCUACGACGAGGACAUGGAUGGUUGGGGCGGUGAGAAUGUGGAGAUGUCCUUCCGGAUUUGGCAAUGCGGUGGUCGUCUUGUCACGGCCCCAUGCUCGCACGUCGGUCACAUCUUCCGCGACACCCACCCGUACAAAGUGCCAGGCAAAGGGAUCCACCACACGUUUAUGAAGAACUCAAUGCGCUUGGCGGAGGUGUGGAUGGACGACUACAAGCAGUUUUUCUACGACACAAAACCAAAGCGGGAGAACAUUGACAUUGGGGAUUUGACGAAACGGAAAGCGCUGCGAGAGCGACUGAAGUGCAAACCGUUCAAGUGGUAUCUCAAACACGUGCUGCCAGACCUCUUUGUACCGGACUCUGAGCACGUCUUGCACAAGGGCGCGUUGCGUGCAGGCAACGGCCUCUGCCUGGACAAGAUGGGACACAGGGCUGGCGGGCAGGCUGGCGUGUUCAGCUGUCACGGAGAGGGCGGUAACCAGGGAUGGAUGUACACUGUCAAUGACGAAAUCAGAACAGCGGACAGCCUGUGUUUGGAUGUGUACUCGUCCAAGUUUCCUGCGCCAAUCCAUCUCCAGCGCUGUCACCAGAAGCAGGGCAAUCAGGCGUGGAAGUACGAGAACAACGUCUUCCGGCAUGUCGCGAGCAACGGAUGCCUGUCAAGUGUUGUCUCGGGUAAUGGACAGCACGAGUUGAAGUUGGACACAUGUAAGGAAGGGAGCUCUGGUCAGCAGUGGACGUGGGUGUGAUCGUUGCGAUGGGUACAACCACGACGAACAUACAGCCUCGACUGUGUUUGUGUGUGUGUGUGUGUGUCUGUGUAUGCAUGUGUGUGUGUGUGUGUUGCGUUACCAGCAAUGUCCCAUCUUCGUCAACGUCACAAUUGCCUCCGCUUCCCGGUCAUUUCGUCACAGCAUGCGUACAGCACAUAGCGUUCUUGUUGAAUACAAUUCUGGGUUGAGGAGA